UCGGGGCUUUCAUUUUGUAUAUAGUAGAACAUACCAGCUCUUGAGUGCAUAUUGUGGGCUGCUGUAAUCACUGUGCUGACCAAUAGCUCCAGCCCACAAGAUCCACAGAAUUCUGCUUUUCAUUGGUCUUGUCCCUCAGGAUUCCCAUGUUAUUGAUGUUCUCCAGUUAAUCAUGGGGACCUUUCUUGAUUUAUUCCCCACAUACAGGCACAUGAUGUUAUCAGGCUUCAGGAAAAGGUAUGAAAACAGGGCCUUUGCUCCACGUAAACCUGUUAUCAGUGUGUAUGUCAGUGUAAAAAGAGGUGUCCAAGUGGAUUCUGUAGAAUAAGCAGCAGUCUUGUGGAGACAUGUCUGUUAUCUUGUUGUUCAACUGCUACUGCUGUUUGAUAUCUAACACAGAUCUUACAUUGUUUUUUAUUACAAUUAUUUAUUUGCAAGGGGGCUCGUUAAGGGGGGAAAGAGGUUGCUUUUUUGGCGAGGAGAGGUGAGCGACGUUCCAGGAAGGGUGUGAUGGAUGAGGUCAGAGAGGGACUCCCAGUUGUCAGGACAGCAUGGAAGAAAGAAGGAUGUGGGGUUGAAGGAGGAGUGGUAAAAAGAAGCUGAAGUUACAUUUCAAGAGCAUGAGGAUAAACUUGUUUGAUUAAAUGAACAAAAAGAAGCUGAUACGUGGAUCUGGAAAGAUACAUACAGAGAGCAGCAGGCAGUGUUGGGGAGGGUGACUCAGGAACCCGGAAGACAACACAAGAGGAUGUUGUAACCGUCUUAAGAAACUAUCCCAGCUUGAAAUAGAGUCUUGCUAAAGGGUCUUGAUAUUCUUGUCCUGGUGUUUUUGGUUGCCUCUUACUAAACCGGUAAUCAUUCAGCAUUUAGCAGAAAAUGUGAACGGGGUACCCACAUCUCAUUGAAAAGAUUUUGGUAGCUCUGUAUAGAAGAAAGGCGGGGGGGGAACAAUUCUUACUAGUAAACCCAUGCACAUGUCAAAGCCCUAUUUAAAACCAAAUACUUUAGGAUGAAGAAGAAAAGAGGGAUAUUAAUACACUUGGAAAACAUUUGAAGAAAAACAGUUCUAGUAAGUGAUGUGGAAUUAGGUGGUGGCAGAAACAACAGACUGAUUAGGGAAGAGGGAAGCAAAAAAGGUAAGAUGUGGCUGCCUGAAGGAAAUACUGAGGCCUUUGUGGAAAACAAACAGGCAAAGGAGUGGGCUCAGUAUACCUGAACUUUAAUUUGUUGCCUGAGAACAGAAAGUGGGAUCAGAGUGGGUGAAUUUUAGUUCUUCCCAGUAUUAGGAAGGAAAAAUGGCUUCAGUCAAACUGAUCAAAGUGAUCAAAGGUAGAGGAAGGAGAACUUCAGCAAUAAACCACUGAAAGAGGAAAUAACCAGAGACAAGGGGUCAGAAUUAAGCGCAUGAACUUAACGAUGGGAUUUAAGGUGCUUAACUUCUUUUGGAGAGAAAAAUUACUUCACGCCAAGGAAAGACACUGUGGUGAUCAGGAAGUAAUGAAGAACUUGUACAAAGGUAAGGGAAUGUGGGGAAGCACGAGCUAUGCACAUUAGUGGAUCCAUAUAGCAGUUUUCCUAAAGUGCUAAGGAAACAGACCAUAUACACCCAAACACAUGCAAUUUCUGUAUUUAUUUAUUUAUUUUAUUUUGUGAAGAAUGUAAAAUGUUGCUUAAAUUAUUAUUUGUUGCCACUAUACAAUAAAAGCACAUAACUGGUGGCCUUGGGGAUUGUUAUCCAGAAACCUAACCGAUAAUCUCUAACGAAAACACGUACUGAGAAAAUGACUAAAUAUUUACCUUUGCUACUGGUAUUAAUUCAGCCAGCAGUCUGCUUGGUUCACCACGAAACAGUCACUGCCCAGAAGAGUUUGCAGUCUAAAAGAAACAGACCUCAAAACACUUAAGAGAACUGUAUACAAUGAAUCCUGGAGGUGAUAGAACAAAAACUGUCAAGACUGCAAUUUGUGAGUAAAAAAAAAAAAAAAAUUGAUGAAAGAAGCGGCUUGCUUACUUUCUUUUAUCAACAGAGUACUUUAAUAUUUCAUCCAUUCCAGAGAAAGUGGAUUAAAUUAAACUGAGCUGCAUUGUGUCAACAGUAUCCUACUUCACCUGCUUCUCUUUAGGGCUAUUUAGCUUUUUUCCACUAACUGCCAGCCUAGUUCAUCUACCUUGCCCCAGAGAUGAUGUGGAGAGAGGGAAAGAUUUCUUCAGACCAUUCAUAGGCCUUUUAAACCAAGAUAACCACUUAAUAUAUAUACUGUGCUUCUCAGUCUGUGCUGCUGGACCUCUCUGCCCUGCUCGGAGAUGAGCCACUUGUCCAGUACAGGGUGCUACUGCACGGAUGCUUAAGCUGUAUUUAAAUAAAUGACACACUUUUAUAAACGCUCUUUUUUCUACUUAAAGUUUGCAGUGGUACAGAUUGACACAGCACGGGAGCUGGAAGACCCAGAUUACCUUACAGAGAGCUACCUAAACCUGGCUCGCAGCAAUGAGAAACUCUGUGAAUUCCAGAAAACAAUCUCUUACUGUAAGACAUGCCUGAACAUGCAGGGUACCACUGUGAGCCUGCAGCUGAAUGGCCAGGUGAGCCUCAGCAUGGGCAAUGCCUUCUUAGGCCUCAGCAUUUUCCAGAAGGCUUUGGAGUGCUUUGAGAAAGCUUUACGCUACGCACACAACAAUGAUGACAAGAUGCUGGAGUGUCGAGUCUGCUGCAGCCUCGGGAACUUCUACACCCAGAUAAAGGACUACGAGAAAGCCUUAUUCUUUCCAUGUAAAGCAGCUGAGCUGGUGAAUGAUUAUGGAAAGGGCUGGAGCUUGAAGUACCGUGCAAUGAGCCAGUAUCACAUGGCAGUGGCCUAUCGGAAGCUGGGGCGCUUGGCAGAUGCUAUGGACUGCUGUGAGGAGUCCAUGAAGAUUGCACUGCAGCAUGGUGACCGGCCUCUGCAAGCGCUGUGUCUGCUGUGCUUUGCAGAUAUCCAUCGCAGUCGCAGAGAUGUGCAGACAGCCUUUCCUCGAUAUGAUUCCUCCAUGAGCAUCAUGACAGAGAUUGGAAACCGCCUGGGCCUGGUCCAGGUGCUGCUAGGAGUGACUAAGUGCUGGAUGAUGCAAAAGGAGCUGGACAAGGCUCUGGAAAGUAUUGAAAAGGCACAGGAGCUGGCAGAGGGACUAGGGAACAAGGUAGGAUCCUACAGCUUCUCUUUGGGACUGCCCAUAGCCUUCUGUCAGGCAACUUAAGUGUUAAAGUAUCUGAACUUGUUAUUGCUUAUUAACGCAUCUGUAUUAACCAGUCAGUGCUUGGGACUUGCUUUGUUAUGAAGUGUUUAGAUGUGUGCCAUUGCACAGUGCACAAGACUGAAAAGUGAGGGAGGAGUCACAAUGGAAUAAACAAAGGGGAAGGGGAAGCAGUAAAAAUGGGGUAUGAAGCAAGCAGAGAGCUAGAGGAUUAGGGAUCUCUCCUUGAAAAAUAUUAUUGCCCUGAGCAGCAGCUGGAACCCUGUGCUGGCUGGAGGCAAAGGGAACUGAAACACAGUGUUACAUCAUGGAUAGCUCAGGAAAACCAUAUUGAUGAAAGAGCCGCAGAGUACCUCAAACCUGGUGUCCCCUUUUGUGCUACAGAGAUGUAGGGUUAAUGGCAGGAAGUACUGAGAGACCAGAUGUCCUUAUGACUGAUCCUGUCCCUCAGGUAGCUGUCUGUGCUGAUGUUUCUCUAGCUGGCUGAUGAAGCUGUAGCGGUUUCCACUCUUUCUGUAACUGGUCUGUCUUCACCCUGUUAAUCGCUUUUCUUAUCUUUCUGCCCUUCAUGUGCAGCUUGGCCUGCUGAAGCUCCACUGCCUGUGCGAAACGAUCUAUCGUACAAAGGGGCAGCAGCAAGAAUUGCGUGAC